AUGGAGCUCGUGGUCUCGGAUUUCGGGUCAUGGGACUUGAUGGAUUUGCCUCUCAAGAAGAGGAUCCUGAUAGCCCUGAAGGCCCGAGAUCAGAACCAGUACAUAUGCAUCGUCUGUGGGCGGGUCUUCCCGAACUUCCGUUCUCUGGGCGGCCACAAGGCCCACCACACCAUAAAGGAGAAGAAGAAGCGGGCCCGCGCGGCGGAGGAUGCGGACAAAGACAAGUAUUAUUUGGAAGCUGGUGGUAAUCGGGCUGUGGUGGUUUAUAAGCCACCACCGCCGGCGCCGAUGCCGCGCAGCUAUGAUGUUCGCCAAUGCCUGAAGUGCGGGAGAGCUUUCGCCUCCGGCCAGGCGCUUGGCGGACACAAGCAGCACUGCAAAGGGCCACCAGCUCCGGCAGAAAGGGAGGGAGGAGCAAUUCAGCAUCUGGAUCUCAACAAAGUGCCUCAGCCUGAAGAAGAAGAAGGAUUGCUGGCCCUGCCGUGGUAUGCUGAUAAAUGA